AUGGCCAACUUCACGGAGAUCUGUGUUCUUCGCUGUCAGACAAAUGCCCUUAAGGCCAUCCUCCCGCAGUUUGACACAGACAACACUCUACAUCCGCAUGGCUCAUUCAAUGUUGGUGAUGGUUAUAUUUUGCUUCGUGGUUGGGAUAAAAAGCCUCGACAGGCUCCUCGUCUCGAAGCUGCGGUUAUUUCAGACUUCCUACGUCGUCCCGCACCAAAAUUCAGAAGGUGGUCACGUCUUCGGCUUCCUAACGGCCAAAUUGCCCGAUCGGCUUGGAAAGAAAAAGAGUCCUAUGCCGAGAAUGUCCGCAUGUCUCGCAAUGUCAAGGUACUGAUUCCCACUGACGACGAACCAGAAGAUGGUGACGACGAAUUAUACGACAUGGAAGAGCGACAUCGUCUCCGAUGGGAAAAUGUUGCCCUUAUUUCUGUUUACUCCCCACCAGAUGCGGAGCUUCUCGAGUUCUCCCAUGGAACAUUAUGGUUGUGCACUCAUGAAGGUAACAACGGCCUGCAAAUCAUCAAUGUUAAAACAAUCACGGCUGUUGUUGCCAUGAUCCCACAUCGCCCUACUCUACCUUCUGGUAUCACCGAAGACAGAUUUUUCAUGGUGGAGAAAGCUGGGCUUGAUGUUACACUUACUGGCGUUGAAGUCGAAGAAGAUCACCCGGAGGACUUGUAG